AUGUCGGCCCCUCUCAGACAUCCGAAUACAGUGGUUCUCCAGGCACCAACAGUGACUAUCUCGCCACUGAUCCGCUUCGGACGUUAUGCGGCUCUCUCCCUUGGUAUCGUGUACGGUAAGAUUUUUCGGGCAAAGAAUGGGCUGAAACUUGCGCUUAAACCCGGUCUUUUCGGACUCCCAUCCAUAUAUCUGCAUAGAAAACCUUCGAAAAAGUUGAAACGGCAAUUUGCCCAGCCCAUCGCAAAACUGACAUCUAUAAUCCCGAAUUUUUCACAAACAUUAAUCAAAAACCAUUCAGGAUUCUUCCGUCUCCGUCAAGUCCGCGAGUACCACGCUGAUCUCCGUGAGUGGGAACACGAGAAGGCUGUCGCUGCCGCCGAAGAGGCCGCCAAGAAGAAGAAGUGGCUUGCCAAGGACGAGAUGAGAUACCUCAUGCAGGUAUGUGAAAAAUUUUUGUAUUUUAUUGAGAUAAAUAUUGUCAGACUCUGUCGAAGCAGUGAAACAUUUCGGUUUCAGCUUUUUUUUAAAUGAAAACCUUGCACUUCGAAGAAACAUGUAGCCUCGAAAGUUCCGUUAUCCUGAUGUCUUCAAUGUUUCUUCUUGAAAUGUCAAGUGUUGCACUGAAACUUUCAAAAAAAAGUGCUGAAUUCGUGGAAGGUUUCUAAAAUUGCGUUUUGUCGGAGCCAGGCUCCUUUCACCAAUUCUGAGUCGAUUAACCAGGAAAAACUGUUUCACUGUCUGUGAAGUAGUUUGUUUAAAUCUUGUUUUCACAAAAACUUAUUGUCAAAGCGCUAUAAUAAUCAAAAUUGUACAAAAACUCAUAAAUGUUUUGCAGGUCGUCAACAUUCCGUUCGAGGAGGGAGUCAAGCAAUUCGGAGUUGCCGAUCUUUACAAGGAGGAUUAA